GGAGGGCUCUAGCUGUCCGCCCUGCGGUGCCCGCGGCGAGGGGAGGGGUCCUGCGAGGCCGAGGUGCCACACCGCGCUCUGUGAUCCGGCGGGCACGCUGUCUUGAAGAAUGUCGGGAAGCUUCUACUUCGUGAUAGUUGGCCAUCAUGAUAACCCCGUGUUUGAGAUGGAAUUCCUGCCUCCUGGAAAAGCGGAGUCCAAGGAUGAUCAUCGCCAUCUCAACCAGUUCAUCGCCCACGCUGCUCUUGACCUAGUAGAUGAGAACAUGUGGCUUUCUAACAAUAUGUAUCUGAAGACUGUGGACAAGUUUAAUGAAUGGUUUGUUUCUGCUUUUGUCACGGCUGGACAUAUGAGAUUUAUAAUGCUGCAUGACGUAAGGCAAGAAGAUGGAAUUAAGAACUUCUUUAAUGAUGUAUAUGACUUGUAUAUAAAGUUUGCAAUGAACCCAUUUUAUGAACUCAAUUCACCAAUUCGAUCCAGUGCCUUUGAAAGGAAAGUGCAGUUUCUUGGGAAAAAGCACCUUUUGAGCUGAAUAAAUAACUUUCCUGAGUGAGUCCCUUUCCAUGCUUCCCUGAUUUUGACUGUAGUUCUGGCUAGUUCUCAGUAUGUUGGAUAUCCAUCUUCCUGAAGAUUGACAAAUUGGAUGCUGAAGCAGUUUUUCUUUUCUUCUUGUUGAUACAGAUAAAACAGCCAGAUUCUCUGGUUAAAAAAUGCACAUUAAGGAGUUUAUGUCUUACAAAAACUAAGUGUAACAGAAAAGCAUCUGGGCUGAAUAGGUACAAAGUGAGGUAUGUCAGUGCAUGUGCAAAAUGUCUCCUACAGAGGGUGAGAGGACAUCUGAUCUAAACACUGAAGGCAUCUCUUGUGAGUUGAUUUAAUAUGAGCAAAAGGGUACUUUUUAUUUUACUGGCCUAAGUGGAUAAAUCUGUGAACUUUUCUACUUCGUCUUUUGCUAGGGAAUGUACUCUGCAGGCUAACUGUACUCUUCAUAGUAUUAAAUAAGGUAUAUAUAUUAAACUUUAAUGUAAUAGAUGUAUUAUGAAGCCCUAAAUAAAAAAAAAA